AUGAAGGAAGCUAUCAUCUCAGCUGGUAUGCAACAGUCCCCUUAUGUCCAAAGGUUGUAUUAUUUACUCUGUCAAGGAACACUUGUCGAAAUUAUUGACACGCCCAUCCCAACGCCUAAACAUGGCCAAGUUCUCAUCCGCGUAGUUGCGAGCGGCUCAAAUCCAAAAGAUUGGACAUUUGCCGAGUUCUUUCCACCUUCCAAUACUGGAGACGACCUUGCCGGGUAUGUGGAAGCUGUGGGUGACGGAGUAGUGGAAUUUAGGAAGGGCGAUCGCGUCGCCGCUUUUCAUGAGAUGAUGGCUCCUCACGGGUCCUUCGCCGAAUACGCCAUCGCCUGGGCUCACACGACUUUUCACCUCCCCGAGAACGUUUCAUUCGAAGAUGCCGCAACGAUUCCGCUGACGGCAAUGACCGCGGCAAUCGGCCUCUUCAGCAACUUGCGGCUGCCGUAUCCAUGGCACUCGGAAGAAGAUCGCCCUGAAACAGGGCCGCUUGUAAUCUACGGCGCCGGCGCGGCAGUCGGAAGUUUCGCCAUACAACUGGCCCGAAAAAGCGGCAUACACCCACUAAUAUGCGUAGCUGGGCAAUCCAAAGACCAUGUAGAGUCCCUUAUCGACCGAACUAAGGGCGAUACGAUCGUGGACUAUCGACAAGGCCACGAUUAUGUUGUGGAAGAAAUCAAAAAGGCGCUUGGGGGUAAAAAGCUGCGGUAUGCUCUUGAUUCUGUAGGCGACCAGGGAAGCGACAUCGCUUUAGGUCAGGUGAUUGAACCGACGGACGCACGAUUAAGUAUAGUCCGCCCGUUUGACCGAACCAAAAUACCGAAGACGCCUGGAGUUGUGUUCCCGGCUGGCCUCGCGCUUCCAACAUUGCACGGUGUUCCCGACGGAGUGGAGGUAUUUUGGACUGCUGUAGGGUCUGUACAUGGGUCAGAAAAGCACUUUGGCUAUGUCUUCUUCCGAUAUAUCUCUUUAGGACUUCAAGAGGGAUGGUUCAAGCCACACCCGAAGCAAAUUGUUCCCAAGGGAUUACAUGGUCUGGCUGAAGGCCUUAAAAAUCUACGCGAUGGUAAAGCACAUUCAUUCAAAUAUGUAUAUAGAAUUGCGGACACGAAUUAG